AAAAUCUCCGAUGGUCAUGGCUGCGAACGCUGAGGCGCUGUGGCAUUGGGUGCUAAAGUGGAUUGUGUAGUUGUGGCUUUGUCCUGGCGUAAGGUGUUUAUGUACCACCACCGACUGAAUGAUGGAGAUGGUAAGCAGGCGGUAAAAGGAGCGCCGUGAAUUUCCUGCCGAACGUUGGACAUGUGGGAAUCACUGCCUUACUCGUUGCUCCUGCGCGUCCUGUCGCAUCUUUCGGCGAACGACAUAUGCCGUUGCGGCUGCGUGUGCGCAUCUUGGUCACUGGCAGCCGAUGAUGAGUUGCUGUGGCGGAGGAAGUUUCAGCAGGACUGGAAAAUUGACCGGAACAUUCCUGUUCUGGAGGGAGCCCGCUGGAAGUCCGAGUAUCGCCGCUUGUACUACGAAGCGCCCGUUGUCGAAGCCGAAGUACUGGUUGAGCACAGCCAUCAGGUCCUGCACGUGAGCUUCUCGCACGACGGCACCUGUUUCGCCAGUUGCUCCAAAGACGGCCACGUGAAGCUCUGGAGUGCCUCAUACCCGGCGACAGUGAUUUACUCGAGGAAUAUGCGUGAGCUGAGCUGGAAUUACACACAGUUCUCGCAGUUCAACGAGUCUGACACGCUGCUACUUGUGUCUGGUGUGCACUUUGGAACGCACACAGCUUCAGGAGAGAUCGCCGUCUUCAACCUGAAGGAAAACUUUAUCCUGCAGUGCAGAGUUUUCAACAAGCCCUAUGAUAUCUUUGGGACGUGGUAUACUGACCACUCUCUCUCAGGGAAGUUGCACUUCCUUGGACACAUGUUAUCCUGCUCAGAUGUCUGGCUGAAUAAGGCCUGGCAGGAGAGUGAAUCUGAAAAGAAGCCUAUUGUAAAAAAGCUGUUCAGAUUUUUCAACACAAAUGCCAGCUCAGUGCGCACUAUUCUUGUUGCCAACUGCGAGCCGCCACACAUCCAUGGUAGUCCUGUAUCUGACCCAUGGACAUCACAAGAUGAUGAUGACACAGAUGAGGACAGUGCUGAUGCUGAUGAUCCCCUGGACCCACGUGAAAAAUUGCUCAUAUUCACCACUGGGUCUUUGACCUAUGCACCACAUCAAGUGGGUUUCAAGCGCAUCAAGCCUUUUCGGUUUGCUGAGCCAGAAAAAGAGCCCCCUUCAUUGCUCCAACGCAUUGCCAGGCAGCAGGAAGCAAGACACGAGCCACCUGAUCCAGUUGAGCAGACUUUUGACGCAGUUGAUCAUCUUGUGGAUCUGCAUGGUCACAUAAUUGGCAUGGGACUGUCACCUGACCAUCGAUUUCUGUAUAUAAAUAGCAGGCCUUGGCCUAAGAACUAUGUUAUUGAGCAGCCACUGUCACCGCCUCCUAUUGCACAAGAGAUUGACAUUCAUGUCAUAGACCUGACCACCAUGGAAGAAGUUGGCAACUUGUUGCGUUCCCAUCGUGCAUACACCCCUAACGAUGAGUGCUUUUUCAUCUUUCUUGAUGUGAGUGAAAAGUAUGUGGCUAGUGGUGCUGAAGACAGGAAGGGCUACUUGUGGGACCGGCACUAUGCUGUCUGCUUAGCCAAGCUUCCCCAUGAUGACGUCGUGAAUGCUGUGGCAUUUAAUCCCAAGGAUCCAGAGAUGCUUGUGACUGCAAGUGAUGAUUUCACACUCAAAGUCUGGAGGUCACGAGCAAAAGUUCAGGAGCUUGGGUUGUUGCCUAGAGACCAUGUGGAAAACUCAUCAUGAUGGUGCUUCAAGCAAAUCUGGUGCGCGAAGCAGGGCCCAGUGCUUCUUCAAAGGGGUGGGAAACAGCUUGAAAAAUAAAUGGUGUGCGUUGGUGUUCACUA